AGAGCUCCGGCUGCCAGUGCCCUUAGAAGGAGGAGUCGCGGACCCCAGUUUCUCCGGCUCCCCCGCUCUCUUGUGACCUAUCCCCGCCUCCACUCUUGCAGUUGCUUUUGAGUUUGCCGCGGAGGAGGAGGUAGGAGGAGAGGUAAAAGGCGGACGCGGUUCGCGUAGUCCCGGGUGCCAUGCGCCGCGCGAGCCGAGACUACACUAAGUACCUGCGAGGUUCGGAGGAGAUGGGAAGCGGCGGCUCCGGCGCCCCCCACGAGGGUGCCCUGCACCCCGCGCCACCCCAGGCCCCGCACCAGCCCCCGCCCGCCUCUCGUUCCAUCCUGGUGGCCUUCAUGGUCCUGGGGCUGGGUCAGGUCGUCUGCAGUGUCGCCUUGUUUCUCUACUUCAAAACCCAGAUGGACCCUAACAGGAUUUCAGAUGAUGACACCUGUUGCUUUAUAAAACUUUUCAAGCUCCAUGAAAACUCAGAUUUGCAAGACACGUCUCUGGAGGGUCAGGAUGCAAAAUUAAUGUCUGAUCCCUGUCGAAGAAUCAAACAGGCCUUUCAAGGAGCAUUGCAGAAGGAACUAAAGCUUAUGGUUAGGACAGAGAAUAUAAGAGCAGAGAAAGCUAUGAUGGACCAUCCUUUGUUGGAUUUCUCCAGGAAAACCCAGCCAUUUGCUCAUCUCACUAUUAAUGGCACCAAUAUUCCCUCAGGCUCCAGAAAAGUGAAUCUUUCUUCCUGGUACCAUGACAGAGGUUGGGCAAAUAUAUCCAAUAUGACUUUCAGCAAUGGAAAACUAAGGGUCAACCAAGAUGGCUUCUACUACCUCUAUGCCAACAUUUGUUUCAGACAUCAUGAAACUUCUGGUGGUUUGGCCACAGAAUCUCUUCAGCUGAUGGUGUAUGUCACUAAAACCAACGUGAAAAUCCAAAAUUCUGACACUUUGAUGAAAGGAGGAAGCACUAAAUACUGGUCAAAAAAAUCUGAGUUCCAUUUUUACUCCAUAAAUGUAGGAGGAUUUUUUAAACUGAGAUCUGGUGAAGAAAUAAGUAUCCAGGUAUCCAACCCAUCAUUACUGGAUCCUGCUCAAGAUGCAACUUACUUUGGGGCUUUUAAAGUUAGAGAUAUAGAUUGAGCCUCAAGUUUUACUGGUAGUAAUUAUACAUUUCCUAGGAUCUGUGUUAAUUUUUAAAAAUAUGUCAGAAAGAUGUUUCAUAGCUGUGUCAGACUACUAGGAGACAUGACUUAGAGCCUUCUGAGCAGAAUUUUACCCUCAGAUGUGUGCCUUUGACUCUGUGUGUACACGUACAGAGGGAGUGUCCUGGACUCAAGAUAUAUUCCAACAUACAGGCUUUAUUACACAAUGGUUUAUAUAUUUUGUAAUAAAUUCCUAGAAUUAAA